AUGGAGAAAGACGUACAGAACCUGAAAGAUAAGACGGGGAAAACGAACACGAAGGUAAACGAUCUUGAAAAAAGUGUUGAGUUCCAUGAUCAGGACAUUAGCGAUUAUCAAAAAGAUCUUAAAAAAGUUCAGCAUGAAGCCGACGAGCUCAAAAUGCAACUCUUAUACCAGGGACAUUACAGUAGAAGGGAGAAUCUCAUGUUUGUUGGAAUCGAAGAAAAUGGUACACCGUUCGACGCCGAAAACGAAACGGCGAAUAACAACGUGGAAAAUACAAAGGAAGUGAUUUAUGAUUUUCUGGAAAGAGAGCUUAGCUUUGAGAAUGCCCAAAGUAGAUUCGAAUUUCAGCGGAUUCACCGAGUGGGAAAAAGAACAGGUGGGAAGCCCUGUCCUAUUAUCUUAAGAUUUCUCCGAUAUUCCGAUCGGGAAGACGUCCUACCGCGUGCAAAAACAUCACUCGAAGGGAAAGAUUACGGUGUU